CCGGGAAGGACAAAGUCUAGCGCCCGGGCAGGGUCCCCGCUGGAGCCCGGGGAGGGCGGGCUGGGAUAGGCAACUAUCUGGGCAGUGAGCUAAUGCGCACUGGUGGAGGCCCCACGGGGGCGGAGCGCAAGAUUCUAUAUCUCGGAGGGCCCUAGUCCUGCCACAGCUGCUGUCCUGAACCCGCUGUCCGUCCCGUUCCCGCUGCCGCCACGAUGCGCCUGGAGCUCUACCUGGACCUGCUGUCCCAGCCUUGCCGCGCCGUCUACAUAUUCGCCAAGAAGAACGACAUCCCCUUCAAGCUGUGCACCACGGAGGUGUUCAAAGGGCAGCUCCUGAGCAAGGAGUUCUUCCAGAUUAAUAGACUGCGGAAGGUGCCCGUCCUCAAGGAUGGUGACUUCAUCUUGACUGAAAGCUCUGCCAUCCUGAUUUACCUGAGCUCUAAGUACCAGACGGCGGACCACUGGUACCCAUCGGACCUCCAGGCCCGGGCUCGCGUGCACGAGUAUCUGGGCUGGCAUGCGGACUGCAUCCGUGGCACCUUUGGCGUGCCCUUGUGGACCCGGGUGAUGGCACCGCUCAUUGGGGUCCCUGUGCCUGAGGAGAAGGUGCAGCGUAACAGGACCUCCAUGGACCGGGCGCUGCAGCAGCUGGAGGACAAGUUCCUGGGGGACCGGGCCUUCCUCGCCGGCCAGCAGGUGUCACUGGCCGACCUCAUGGCGCUGGAGGAGCUGCUGCAGCCUGUGGCUGUUGGCUAUGACCUGUUUGAGGGACGGCAGAGACUGGCAGCAUGGCGUGAGCGAGUGGAGGCUUUCCUGGGUUCUGAUCUGUUGCAGGAGACCCGUGGUCCCAUCUUGAACAUCCUGGAGCAGGCGGUCAACAAAAAAGUCCCAAAUCCCCCCCCAGAAGUCUAUCCGUAUAUGCUGCUUCGUAUUUCCAGGAUCCCCUGAAGAGCCUGGAAGGGGGGCUGAUGGUUGGAGGCCAGGAGAUUAGCAAUAAAGAUUCAUUCUUAGUUUCUUACUUGUCCUUUUUCAGCCUUUCUAUCUUGCCUCAGUCUCUU